AUGUCCACUUCAGAUUCCUCCUCCUCCUCACAGUCCGAAUACGUGACUCUGGUGUCCGGCGAUGGAUUCGAAUUCGUCAUCCCCCGCAGCACAGCCUGUGUGUCCGGGACGAUACGUCGCAUGUUAGAGCCGUCUAGUCGUUUUUCAGAAUCCGUUACCGGUCGAUGCGUUCUCGAGAAUAUCAGCGGCAUCGUGCUAGAGAAAGUAUGCGAGUAUUUCUGCUACAAUGAGAAGAAUAAGAACCAGACGUACGUUCCGGAUAUGGAUAUUCCGCCGGAGUUGUGUUUGGAGUUGUUGAUGGCGGCGGAUUAUUUGGAUGCUUGA